AUGUGGGUGUUUGGCUCAGAGUGUUACAUUUAUAACUAUGAUCAUAAGAAACUAGACCCUAGGUGUAUGAAUGGAGUAUUUGUCGGUUAUGAUAAGAACAGCCCAGCCCACCUUGUUUAUCACCCACAGUGUGGUAAAGUCAUGGAACACAGAUUAGUAAAGUUUAUUAAGAAUACCAGUGCAGAACAAUGCACGCAGACUGAAAUUGAUGAUCUAGGCCUUUGUAGAAAGGAGGAAAAUGAAAUUUCCCCAAAUGAUGUUCAGGGACAGGAAAAAGAUUUUCCCGAACCUGAAGAAAUUGUUGAAAACUUAAAUUUAGGCGAAGGGCCAUAG